ACUCGGCGUCGGGUGCACAUGCACCGUGUACAAUAGCGUACGUUUCGGAGCGAGAUCAGUUCAACGUCAGCCUCUGCCGACGUCUGUUGUUCCAUCGCGCAUACAGCAUCGGCGUCGUACGUGCCAUUAUGUUGGCUCGACACGCGCUCUGAUACAUAUUAUAUAUCGCCAUGAUCCACACCCACGAGUAGUAGUCGUGCUGCUGCUGCUACUGAGAUCGCUCGAUGAAUCGGUGCUGUGAAUAAGAAAAUUCGCAAUCGACUCGUGAUCGAGUCUAUGUGUGAGUGCGUGUGUGCGUGCGUGACAUUUAAAGAGAGACGCCAAGAUGGAUAUCAUGCAGGUGUUGGGGGACUACAUUCUCCUAGUGGGAAUGAUCAUACUGCUGGCCAAGCUCUGGCUCACCAAGAACUGCGCCGGAAUAAGCGGGAAAACGCAGCUGCUGCAGGCGCUAGCAUUCACGGCGCGUUUCACGGAUCUGACGGUGACGCACGUCUCGGUCUACCACACCAUACUGAAGAUCGUUUACGUGCUCGCUUCCUACCUCACGGUGCUCACCAUUUACCUCCUGUUCCGGAGGACCCGCGAGCGCAAGUUCGACGCCUUCAGAAUGGAGCUGCUCAUGCUGCCGUGCGCCGUCUUCAGCCUUUUCUUGAGCGAGCGCUUCGAGACCGUAGCCGUGCUCCAGACGUUCGGCCUGUUCCUGCAAUCGGUCGCGAUCGUGCCCCAGGUCUACCUCGUCUCCAAGCGCAAGCAGGUCGAGGCCGUCGUCGUCUCCUACGUGGCCUGUCUCGGUCUGCACUUGGGCUGCUACAUCAGCCACUGGCUCUACGUCUACGUCAAGCUCAGCCAAGUCGACCGAAUCGCCGUCUCGAGCGGCAUCGUCCAGCUCCUCUUCUACUGCGACUUUUUCGCGCGCAACUUGCCGAUACUCAAGGCCAAGAGGAGCUUGGCCGACGUCGAGCAGCAGCAGCGCCAGCAGCGUGUGCAGGACACGAGCUGCAACGCCAAUGCCGACGGCUCGAGCCAAGCGGCCAAUUCGACCACGCGCGAUCCAGCCACGAUCGGCGCCGCGGCAGAUGCGACCGUCGGUACGGACCGAGUCACGAGUUUCGACGAAACUGCGGCGCAGACCGCGGCUACGUCGCAUCAUCAUCGCUCCUACAAGCUCCGACUCGAGCAAUUAGCCAAGGACCGAGGCAGCGAUUCCGACGAGAAGGUAGAGGAUAAUCUACCAACCAGAUAGUACGUGCAUCGAUGAAAGGCCACCUUACUCAUGGCGUCGUCUAAAGAGCUGAGAGCAGCGAGACAUUAAAUCGUUGCGAAUUGCAGCGCGCCGCGACUCCGCAGCAGCCAAGUAUGAAAUAACAUCCCAAGAGAUCCGAGGCGGCGCAACAAGUAUUUUCUACGCUACGAGUGGAUUGGUCAUUGAACUGAUUAACGUUAGAAUUUAUCAAUGAAAAAUAUCUUCAAGCCAUACCGACGACGUUUGUCCAUAGUGCGUGUGCGACUGUUUAUGUGUUAUAUUGUAUAUGCGUGUGAGUGAAUGCGUUUAUGGAGCAGUGAUACGUAAAAAUACCCCUGUUGCCUAGAAUAUUGUGAUAGCCAAAAAUUAGUUUUAUUUUUAAAUCGAUUUUAUCCGUGUUUUUUUUUUUUAAUCUUUAAUAACACUCAUAAUGCACUCGUAUUGCUAUUGCAAAUUCGUAAAAAAAGAACAACUUUUUUUUCAAUCUUGUCAUAAUUAGGCGUGCCACGACUUUAAAAUGGCUUUCGUUCUUUUUUUCGAUUACUGACAAAAAUUAUUCACCAAGUACUGCACAUACAUGAUACAUGCUUUCUCACGUCUACAUGUAUGUAAUACUACACUAUUCACUAGCUUGUAAAAAUAUUUUCUCGAAUUUAAGAUAUUUACAAGUGUUUUGUAUGUAGAAUUUUAAAUAUUUUUUAAAUAACAUUUUUACUACAAGA